AUGGAUAAUACCAUCACAGCACCAGUAAUACACCAAGAAAUGGAUCAAGUCCCACCCCCUUUGCCGCCACGACCUCGAGCGCAAGACGAGAUUCCUCCACCAAUGCCUCCUCGGCGGCCACAACAACCACCACCACAAGAACAGCAACAGGAACAGCAAAUGGAAUCACCAGCCUGCAACCCUCAAGAUUGUCACGACUGUCAAGCGUGUCAAAAUGUCCUCAUGAGCGGCGCCCUUAAAGAAGUUCCUCCAAUGCCAGAUCUGGACCAAAAUGACACAGACACAACCUCUCCAAUCCACUUCGCCCGAGACCCUCACAAACUAAUCGGCUACCUAAUCCCCUUCCCCAAACCCACCAUCCCUUCCAUCCCACCCGAACAAAUCCCCCAAAGGUUCCUCAUCUACACCCCACCUCUCCCACCAUUCAUGCACGCACCCCCAAAAGGCGAAAAAGAAGCCAAAAUCCAUAAAAUCCAACGAAAAUGGCUCGAAGAAGUCCGAACCGCAAAAACAUCCCCAAAUAUCAAAACCAGGUCGUGGAAGGGAAUCAAAGGAAAAGCUACCAGAGGCAUCUCAUGGGGAAUGUCCCAGACGAAAUCUUCCAGUCUAGAAUUCUUGAACCGAAUCGGAGAGAAUGAAGAUAUCGCCACUGCUGCCGCGAAAGAAACCCAACAUCACAAGAGUAGUAGACCUUUCAAGCGGGGGGCACAAACGAAAAAAAAAGUGAAAUUACAAGAAAUGCUCCUCAUAUAUCCCGAAAGCAUGCCCGGAACCAACGAGACAAUCCGCAAAGAAUUCAUCAACACAAUCCUCCGCUCAAAAUCCAAAGCCGAAAGAGACGCCAUCAUCGCCACGGGACUCUUACCCGUAACUUUGGUCCUGGAUACUUUAUUAGUGGUCAUCUGGCCUUUUGGCGGCUUAUUAGAAAUCGACGCCGUUUGGCUUUAUGCUUCUGUUCGAGRGGUGAGGAUUAGUCGGAAUGUUACUAAACGUCUCUCUUCUUCCCCUUCCACUUCCAAGGACAAAGAGGAUAAACUCCACAUCAACUUCUCCUCGUCUGCGAAAUUGGAUGUUCUGGAACGAUAUCUCGCGACGAAAUGUCAUGAACGAAAUCCGAAAUUCUUCCCGCGCUAUACGACUGCUCCGAGUGAGAGUGAGGUUUUGGAAGCUAUUGGGUGGUUUCCUAGUAGUCGAGUUGAAGAAGGGGAGGAGGGGGAAGGGGAGAGGGAGGAGAGGAAUAAUUGGGAGGAUGAGGAGUGGGAAGUUAUGCAAUUCAAGGAGGAUUUGAGGAUGACGAUGGGGAAAGGGGCGAGGGAGUGGUGUAGGUGGUGUAAACUUUAUGAGGAGAAACCGGAGAAGGCUGUGAAGAAGUAG